CUCUCUCCUCCCCACUCAUUUUUUAAACUAUUUGUUCCGCAGACAGCUACGCUCCACCGCUUCGGCGCUCCCUCCCGCUGCCGCCCUUCGGAUCCCCAAACGCUCGCAAAUAUUUCAAAUUUGUAAACCCCACCCCGCCUUUUACUCCUCAAACCCCCCUUUUUCCCCUCUUUCUUAACGGUCCUUUCUCUCUCUUUCUCUCUAUAUCUCUCCCUCCUUCCCCCCUCUCUGUCUCUAGUCUUUCAGUACCUUCGCUUCCCUCCAUUUUCUCUCCCUCAACCAUGGCGGCUCCUCCACCCCCACCGCCAGCCCCAGCGCAAUCCUCCGCCCCGGCCCCAACAGGUCCUUCCGCCAGAAACCACGGCUACAGCAGAAAGCAGAAGUCUCUCGGCCUAUUGUGCUCCAAUUUCCUCGGCCUCUACAACCGCGACGGCGUGACUUCAAUCGGCCUCGACGACGCCGCUUCACGAUUAGGUGUAGAGAGGCGGCGGAUCUACGAUAUUGUCAACGUCUUGGAGAGCGUUGGGGUUCUUGCUCGAAAGGCGAAGAACCAGUAUUCUUGGAAAGGAUUUAAGGCGAUUCCUAGUGCCCUACAAGAGCUAAGGGAAGAGGGUCUGAGAGAGAAUAUUUGUAACUUUGACGGCAACGAAGAUCCAAAGGGUUUGCAAAUUUCAGAUGAUGAGGAUGAUGUAGAAAGAUGUGGGAGUCAGCAGACUGAGAACUCGAACACUAAUCUUAAUCUUAAACCUAUGAACCCAAAAUCAGAUAAUAGAAGGGAAAAGUCGCUGGCGCUUCUUACGCAGAAUUUUGUGAAGCUCUUUGUGUGCUCAACUGUUGAAAUGAUCUCCCUUGACGAAGCUGCUAAAUUACUGCUUGGUGAUGCACACAAUGCAUCAGUGAUGAGAACAGCAAAAGUAAGGCGGAUUUAUGAUAUUGCGAAUGUUUUGUCGUCCAUGAACCUCAUUGAGAAGACCCACACGUCGGAUACAAGGAAGCCUGCGUUUAAGUGGUUGGGAUUGAGAGGAAAGGAGGAGGUUCCUCAGGAGACUAAGAAGAGAGCCUUUGGUACAGAUAUAACUAACGCCAGUUCUAAGAGGGGAAAGGUGGACUCUUCUGUUGGUGGGAAGUUGGAUGGGCAAAAGCAGAAGGGCCUAGUAGGUGAGGCUGAUAGGAGCAAUUUGGAAGACUCAAAAGAUGGUUCAAAGAGCUAUCAGUUCGGUCCUUUUGCUCCUGUCACUAUAGCCAGAGCUGGGACUGGCAGCACAAGGAAGGUUCAUGAUUGGGAGAAACUGACCUCUACGUAUCGUCCUCAAUAUCAAAACCAAGCUCUGAAGGAUCUGUUUUCUCAUUAUACGGAAGCAUGGAAGACAUGGUACUCCGAAGUUGCUGGGAAGAAUCCAAUCCGAAUUUCUUGAUGCUUCUCCGUUUUGACAUGCGCCAAUUGACUUAAGGAAAUCACUUCAAUUCAACUCGUUCUUGACCCGGCAGAGAAGGGAUGGCCCCUAGUUGGAUGCAUUUCUCUCUAUGCACCAUGUGCUAUCCUCAGGAAUACUACACUUAACCGUCCUAUCUUGACAUUCUCAGAAUUCUUUUAUUGAUUUCCUUUUGAAUCGAUGACUAGUUAGAGAUGUGCUGCGUAUGUUUGUGCACCUUCUAGCAAAAAUGGGUUGUGAAUGGUGUAAGUUCAUGUUGGGAAUUGGAAAGUUGGGCCAAUUUUACAUGACA